UGCAGUGAUGUGAAGCUGUCCUACACAGAGAGGAGCUGUGGUGGAGCUGCAGCGAGGACCAUAGUGAGAGACCAGCAGGAAACAGAGGGGUACUACAGCAGUGAAACUGGAAGAGAAUCAGAACUUGGGAACACAGACAUUCUAGAAUUAGAACCCUGGACAGCAGCAGCCAACAAGCAGCCCAGCAAUUCAGGACCCUGGACAGCAGCAACAAACGGGCAACCCAUAUAUCCAGGACUCUGAACUGCAGCAGGAUAAAGGGGGCUAAGCAAUUCAGGACCCUGGAUAGCAGGAACAGGAUAAAGGCAGGUCAGUAAUUCAGGACCUUGGACAGCAGCAGGAUCAAGCAAGCUCAGUAAUUCAGCACCUUGGACAGCAGCAGGAUAACGGCAGCUCAGUAAUUCAGGACUCUGGACAGCAGCAGCCUCUAGGCAGGACAGACAGUGCAGUCAGGAUUUGGGACAGUAACUACAGCCUAUAGAUACUGUAUCAGCUCGCAGGCUGCUAAUACAGGCUUGCAGCUCCCUCUCUGUAUGGAUGUCAACGCAGCUCCUAACGGCGUGGCCACCAUCGAAGACAGAAUCUUAAGGAUCACUGGCUAUUAUGGCUACUAUCCGGGCUACUCCAGUCAAAAACGAGGUGAAGGAGCACAGGCCAACACAGAAAACUGCCCAGAAAAUCACGAAAAGUCCCGUUGCCAGUCAUGUACCUCAACAUUUCUAAAAAUCGCCUGGGGAUUCCUUAUUAUUCUGUCGGUUUCAUUCUCCUGGGUUGGAACCACACAGAUCGUCAAAAUUACAUACAAAAAUUUUUACUGCCCUUUCUUCAUGACCUGGUUCUCAACAAAUUGGAACAUUAUGUUUUUUCCUGUAUAUUAUUCCGGACACCUAGCGACAGCACAAGAAAAGCAAUCUCUUCUCCAAAAAAUCAGGGAAUGCAGCCGUAUUUUUGGCGAAGACGGCCUGACUUUGAAACUUUUUCUUAAAAGAACUGCCCCCUUUUCCAUUUUAUGGACUUUGACAAAUUACCUCUAUUUACUGGCUCUGAGAAAGUUGACGGCCACAGAUGUCUCCGCUCUCUUCUGUUGCAACAAAGCGUUUAUGUUUUUACUGUCGUGGAUUGUCCUGAAAGACAAGUUUAUGGGCGUACGGAUAGUGGCUACAAUAAUGGCAAUAACAGGAAUUGUCAUGAUGGCGUAUGCUGAUGGUUUCCACGGCGAUUCAAUCAUUGGCGUAGCGCUGGCUGUUGGGUCUGCCUCGGCAUCAGCGUUGUACAAGGUUUUGUUUAAGAUGUUCCUCGGGACGGCAAACUUCGGUGAGGCUGCACACUUCUUUUCCACCUUAGGAUUCUUCAAUCUCAUUUUUAUUUCAUGCACACCCAUCAUCCUCUACUUUACCAAAGUGGAGUACUGGUCUUCGUUAUCUUCAUUGCCAUGGGGCUAUCUGUGCGGAGUUGCCGGCCUCUGGUUAGCUUUCAAUAUUUUAGUAAAUGUUGGAGUCGUCCUCACAUAUCCAAUUUUAAUAUCGAUUGGAACGGUUCUAAGUGUUCCAGGAAAUGCAGCCAUCGACCUUCUCAAGCAUGAAGUCAUUUUCAGCGUUGUAAGGCUGGGGGCAACCACUAUAAUUUGCAUUGGUUUCUUGCUUAUGCUUCUUCCCGAAGAAUGGGAUGAGGUCACCCUUCGAUUCAUCAACAGUUUAAAGGAAAAGAAGGCGGAAGAACACACAGAGGAGAUCGCAGAAUCGACGGUUCACACGCGGAGUCGCAGCAGACCAAACGGCACAGUAUCUAUACCUCUGACCUAGAGCCCCCACCCUUUCAAUGCACGUGAAUGUAUAUUCUGUGAAUAUAAUUUAAUUAUUUCACAAAUUGUAAUGUAAUAUGACAGUAUUAAUCUGCAA